CUCCCCCGCACUCGGCUCAGCGGCGUCCCUGCACUGCUUUCUAGGCGCGCUUGCCCUCCACUCUCUCUCUCUCUUCCCCCUCUGCCCUCCUGACCUGCAAGCUGUCCCAUCCGAGCGCACUGCACUGCAAGCCAAGAUGCAAAACAUCAAUGUGAGCUUGCAAGCUUCCAUCGAUUAAAACACUAGUAAAUCCUCCCUCCCCGCCUCGCCUUUGUACUCUUCUCCUUGGCUGGCGUCUCCCACCAACUAAAACGGCCUUCGCAUCGCUCGCUAACAACGGGUUGCAUCUACAAGACUAGCUCCUUCUAGAAGGAGCGGGGCACGAUGGAGGCUGCUAUGGCGCGGCGGUGGUGGCCGCGGCUGCUGCUGGCCGUGGUAGCUGCUGUGCUGUCGGCUGCGGCCGGUGCGGUGGCGCAGGAACAGGCGACGUGCUCGGGCGCUGUGCCGGCGCCGCCGCGGCGCGGGGCGUGGGUGUCCGUGGCCAGCUUCGGCGGCGCGGGCGACGGGCGGACGCUCAACACGGCGGCGUUCGCGCGCGCCGUGGCCAGCAUCGAGCGCCGCCGCGCGCCGGGCGGGGCGAUGCUGUACGUGCCGCCCGGGGUGUGGCUCACGGGGCCCUUCAACCUCACCUCGCGCAUGACGCUCUUCCUCGCUCGCGGCGCCGUUAUCCGCGCCACCCAGGAUACAUCAAGUUGGCCACUGAUCGAACCGCUGCCCUCAUAUGGGGUAGGGCGAGAGCUGCCCGGAGGAAGAUACGUAAGUUUGAUCCAUGGCAAUGGCCUUCAAGAUGUUGUUAUCACAGGUGAGAAUGGAACUAUUGAUGGUCAAGGCACUGUGUGGUGGGACAUGUGGAAGAAGGGCACACUGCCCUUCACAAGGCCUCACCUGCUUGAGCUUAUAAGCUCUUCUGAUGUUAUCUUAUCCAACGUCGUCUUCCAGGAUUCGCCGUUCUGGAACAUUCAUCCUGUUUAUUGCAGCAAUGUUGUGAUAAGUAAUGUGACUGUACUAGCUCCACAUGACUCCCCUAAUACUGAUGGAGUUGAUCCAGAUUCCAGCAGCAACGUUUGCAUUGAGGAUUGCUACAUUUCAACUGGCGAUGAUGUGAUCGCCAUCAAGAGUGGCUGGGAUGAGUAUGGGAUCACUUAUGGCCGCCCCAGCUCUGGCAUCACCAUCCGACGGAUAACAGGCUCCUCCCCUUUUGCCGGCAUUGCUGUCGGAAGCGAGACAUCUGGUGGUGUGGAGAACGUCCUUGCAGAACACCUGAAUUUCUUCAGCUCAGGGUUCGGGAUCCACAUCAAGACCAACACCGGCAGGGGAGGGUUCAUCCGGAACGUCACCAUCUCCAACGUGACCCUGGACAAUGUCCGGUACGGCCUGAGGAUCGCCGGUGAUGUAGGAGGCCACCCUGACGACCGCUACAACCGUAGUGCUCUCCCGAUUGUUGAUGCCCUGACGAUAAAGAAUGUCCAGGGCGAGAACAUCAGGGAGGCUGGCCUGAUCAAGGGCAUUGCCAACUCGGCCUUCUCCCGGAUCUGCUUGUCGAACAUCAAGCUCAGCGGUGGCACACCGGUCCGGCCAUGGAAAUGUGAGGCUGUCAGUGGCGGCGCCCUUGACGUGCAGCCGCCCCCGUGUACAGAAUUGACUACAACGUCUGGGACGAGCUUCUGUGCAAAUUCGCUCUGAUGCUGGAGUUAGAUGCCGCUUGCUCUUCUGUAGCCAGCUCGCUUAAGCAAAUCAUUUGGUUCCAUCUGUGAGUAGCCGCAUCAAAGAUGAUGAAUGUUUUUGUUUCAUUCUUUCUUGCAGAUACCUUAUGGUUAUCAUGAACUCAACUAUUGGUUAUUAUCCUGUGGUUCGUUACAAAGUUUGUUUUGCAAAA